ACACUCUGCGUUGGUGGAUUCUUUUAAUUAUUAAGCUCUGACGUCGUUGCCGAGAAACAAAGGGCUCGGUGUAUUGAAGGGGCGGCGACACCCGAUAUAACGUGAUCUGGCUCACUCUGGUUUCGUUUUAAGUGAAAGCAACAGCUCAAAUUUGACUUUGCCAACAGAGAUCGCAAGACAGAAUGGGAAACCUUGAAUCCAACCCCACAGUUACUCCCACUGAUGACUUCGACCCUGAACAAGAUUGCAAUCGUCUUCAAUGAAGCGAUGGACGGCCUUGGAACGAAUGAACGACCGAUUAUUCGAAUCAUUACUCGCCGCUCCACAACGCAGCGUCAAAUACUGAAGCGGCAAUAUGAAGACAUGUUUGGUGAAGAUUUGGUUGACCGUCUCAAAGGUGAACUGAAAGGAGAUUUCGAAGAUACCGUUACAGCUAUUAUGGACAGACCUGUCGUAUACGAUGCGAAACAGUUGCGUAAAGCUAUGGCCGGUCCAGGCACCAAUGAUGAAAUAUUGAUCGAAAUUUUGUGCGCUAGGUCAAACGAAAAGAUCAACCAGAUCAGAGUGGCUUAUAACGAACUCUUCGAUCGUAGUCUUGCCGACGACCUACGUGAUGAAACAUCAGGGGAUUUCAAACAUUUGUUGAUGAUGUUAACACUGGCUGAACGUGAUGAACUCUUCGAAGUUGAUGAAGGACAAGCAGAAGCCGAUGCUCAGGCAAUCUACGAUGCUGGUGAGAACCGUUGGUUUGGAACGGAUGAAGACGAGUUCACCAAAGUACUGGCAACACGAAGCUAUCUCCAGUUGAGAUGGAUAUUCAAUAAAUAUGACGACAUCGCUGGGAAUUCAUUUGAAGACGCAAUUGACAGUGAAACAUCUGGUAACCUUCAAACUGCCUACAAAGCCAUCGUUUCUCUCACGAAAGAUCAUCAUGGUUAUUAUGCACAAAAGCUCCAUGAAGCAAUGCGAGGGAUUGGCACAGAUGAGGACGCACUGACUCGGCACAUCGUUGGAAGAUCCGAGAUUGACUUGGCUGACAUAAAAGACAAAUACGCGGAAAUGUUUGGCAACGGUUUGUGGGAGGAUCUGUCGGAUGAAUGCUCCGGCGACUACAAGCGGCUUCUCCUGGCUCUUAUAAAAGAAUAAACGUUUGGGUUUUACCCAGCUUAAAACUUGUUGUUUAAUUCGCUAUGUAUUUAUAACCAAACGAUGUAUGUUUGACAUAUUGAUUUACGGCUAAGCGUAUUGUCACUUUCGACAUUCGCACUCUAAACCAUGUAAAGUGCCUGUAAUUGUAACGCAAUAAUUAUAACCAAAGGAAGGUAUAAUAAAAUCAACCGCAACAUAACGGUGGGCAUUUC